AUGGAUUCGGUGAUUCGCCAGGCACACCGAAGCUUGCAGAAGACCUCCUCGGGCCAAGGCUUCGAACGAAGAGCGGACCGAAGAGGUAGCGCGCGUAGCAGCUAUAGCGAUGAGUUGAUGAGGCAUCCGUUGAUGUCGAGUGCCAGCUGCAUGCUAUCCAUGAGGAAAGAAAACCUCAAAGAAAUUCUCGUCGAACGAGAAAACCGUGCGCUUGCCAAGCGUGUGCUCAAUGUCAAGUCCUUUUGCGAUCCCAACGGGAAAGAUCUGGACGACUAUCGACGCCAUCAGCGGAUGGUCCAGGUUCGUCAGGACGGUGAAGAAUUGGUGGCACGCAGGUCGCAGCAGCUCGGCAGAAAGCACAGAAGAGCCCGUCCAAGCCUAGAGUGGCGGCCAGCCUCUCUGAGUCUAACCUGCAUCACCUCGAUUCGCUCCUGUGCCCAUGGGAUUUGCCCAAGGCCAAUCACCCUUCUCAGGCACAGGGUGAAGAUUCAAGCGCCGAGAAGUUAG